CGCUUUUCUUCUAUUUUCUGCAAUUCAGGCGUUCUUUCGCUGGAAUUCAGGUUAUUAUAUGAAAAACCAUAUAUUUUUUCUUGCGCCGUUGUUUAUGGGUGAUGUUAAAUUUUGCCUUUGCUUAUUGGCACGCCAAUAUAGAAGAGUGUGACAACUAUUAUUGAUCACCUGUCUGAGCAUGUUAAGUGUAGUCCAUCAACACUGUCGAUGUGCCGCCAGGUGUCUGAGGCUGAAACCUGCAACUGCAGAAGUUCUUGUGAAACGAAAUUAUGAGAAUCCCAACACACAAGUGUUUGAGAGGUUGACGCCAAUUAACCAGGUGGGUGCGGAUAAAUACCCGGCGUUGAAGAGGAAACACUACAUAUACAAGAAAGUUGAGCCAAAACAAGGGCUCUACAAAACAACCAUUAAGUGCAUUCUCACUCGCGAAAUUGAAGGUAUUGGCCUGAAAGGAACACUUGUUGAGGUGAAGAAGAAUAUAUUCCGGAACGUUCUUUAUCCCAGCGGCGACGCUGUAUAUGCCUCCCCAGAAAACAUUGAAUAUUACAAGAAGUAUAGACAGAUCAGUAUAGAGGAAGGCAUAGACUACGACAUGAAACAGUUGAUGAUGAAGUUGUCUGGUCUCCACCUGCCGGUGUACAUGAACCCUCAUGAGUCCUGGACCCUCAGCACUGACCAUUUACGGGUUGCUCUAAGAAAACAGGGAGUGUGGGUUGAGGCCCAGAACCUGAUUCCCCCAAAGACACCCGUCACUCUGCUGGGAGAAUUUACAUUCAAAAUACAGAUGUCAAAUCGGCUGGCCACCCAUGUGCGAGGCACAGUGGUCCCAAUAGAUGAGGCAGGACAGCCUGACCUAGAUACAGAGUUACCUCCCAUGUGGGGCAAUGAGCCAUUGAAUGAGAAGGCGCCACUGGAAUACCUUAAAAACACUCAGGAGACUGAGCCUGAUGCAGAGGAUAAAUGAAUGAUGACAUGCAUUGUAGUUGGCUGAAUUAAAUAAAUUUAUGAUAUUGA